AGAAGUCGAUUUGUAUGCUUGAUGUACCUUCCCUCCGCUCCGACGGGCGCCAUCUUGUUCUUGUUGAUGCAUUUUUCGACUGUUAGUGUGCGGCUCUUUUUAUUUGAUCUUUCCAUUUUAGAAUUAGUUAAUUUUCAAUGGCUGACAAGAAAGUAGUACCUGCGUAUCCUGGAACUCCUCAGGGUCCACCAACAGCUGGAUAUGUUCCAGCCGGUCCACACAACCCUACGGCAGGUUACCCUGUGUCGUCUGUACCGGUGUCAACUCCGUAUGGCGUGAUAGCUAAUGGCCAGUUGUAUACCACUCCACAAGUUCCCCAAGUUCCUCCCGGUUAUGAUCAAGCCGUACUCAACCAGGCGCUACUCCAACAGCAACAGCAACAGCAGCAGCUAUAUUCACCUCAAUCAGCUUUGGCUGCAGCAGCCAUGGCACAGUUGUAUGCAGCUCAAGGUAUGCACCCCUACGUAAAUUAUGCAAGCAUUCCUGGAUAUGCUCAAAUAGCUGCACAUCCUCAGUCUUCAGCAGCAGCAUAUUACCCUGGUCUUACAUAUGCCUAUCCUCACCAACUGCGCCCCACCAUUAUCUUACCUAAUGGAUAUGACCCAGGUGCAAGGUUUGAUGGUAUAGGACAACCGGUAAUCCCUCCCACUCCUCCUGGAGUUGCCCCUAAUGCUGCACAGUUAGCUGCAAUGGCAGCAGGACAGCACGUUGCUCUUACACAAAUUCUCCAUGAGCGCAGAGAGUGAUAGAAAUAGUUUUAACAGUUUGAAAUGUGUUUGAUUUCAUGUGCCGAUCAUCAAGGAUUCAUCUCAAGUCAACAGUGAUAAA